UAGGCCCGACUCCGGCAGCGCCCGCCGCGCAGGCGCCCUCAGCCCCGCAGCCGGUUCCCUCCCUCCCGGCGCCCCCUGUCCCCUCCCGGGUCCCUCCGGCGGCCGAGGAGUCAUGGUGCCGCCGCCGCUGGUGCCGCCGCUGUGCACGCUGUCGGCCGGCCCCGGACCCUCCCGCUUCGUGUGCUACUGCGAGGGGGAGGGCGGCGGGGACGCGGCCGGCUUCAACCUGCAGGUGACCGACGCCGCGGAGCUCUGGAGCACCUGCUUCACGCCGGCCGGCCUGGCGGCCCUGAAAGCCCGUUUUGGCCUGAGUGCCGCUGAGGACAUCACCCACCGGUUCAGAGCAGCCUGCGAGCAGGAAGCUGUGACCCUGACACUGCAGGAGGACAGAGUAACCCUGACCCUUUCUGGGGGGCCCUCGGCCCUGACCUUUGACCUCUCAAAGGUGCCGGGUCCAGAGGCUGCCCCCAGGUUGCAGGCACUCACGCUGUGCCUGGCAGACAGUGUGUGCAGGCUGGAGCAGCGGCUGGCAGCCCUGGAGGAGACAACCGCCAGCCCUAGGAAAGCCCCCCGGCCAGCAGGGCCCCAGUUCUUUUUGCCAGACCCAGAUCCCCAGAGAGGCCACCCCGGGCCUGGCGUCAGGAGACGGUGUCCCGGGGAGUCGCUCAUCAACCCCGGCUUCAAGAGAAGCCUGCUGGUGGCGUGGACUUCGAGGACUCCUGAGGCAGAGCAGAAGGCGAGACCCACCAGGAAUGAGCCUGUGAGGGGAGGGGCAGCCCCCGGAGACCCCCCACCUCCUGUCCAUCCUGCUCCUCAAGCCCGUUCCCAGCAAAUAAAUGCUCCCAUGGGGCUGGACCAGGCUCUGCUCUGGGGGAAGGAGGUCUGGGAUGCCCCCUUGGGGCCUGGGAUCUGGGCCGGGGCCACAGGAUGCUGAGCGGGUGAUGGUGUGGGGCUGCGGGGUCCGGCCGGCGGGGGCAGGGCUUUCCCAGACCGGGGCAGCCCGGGAGCUGGGGGCUGGGGCACAGGGCUGCCUCCCACACACACACACACACACAUGCACACAGUAGCUCCUGUGCGGUUACGUGUUUGACCCACCCUGAGCCUGGCUGUUGCAGCCCCCGCCCACCUGGCUGUGAGCCCUGAGGUGGCCAGGGCUGGGCCUCCGCUCCCCGCCCUCCUUGGCUGUCCUGCCUCCCCACCCUGCCCUGGCCUGACUGGUUUGGGAGCCCAGUCCAGUCCUUGCAAUUUUAGUCACAGCCCGGGUAGCUGCAGGAGGCCCCCAGUCCGUGUGUUUGCUCGGCGGGGGGCCGGGGGGACGUGGGCUCCACCCCUACCAACGGGCUCUCCUGUCCUUGUCAUUUGGGUGGGUCAUCUUGGGCUGAGUGUCCCAUGCAGGGGGCUUGGGCAGCAGCCAUCUCGGGGUCUCUGGUCGCUCGGACGUCUGGCCAGAGGUGGCUCUAGGGGCGGGCGCUAGCGGGGGCGCACGGCGGGCCGGUAGGCCGCCAAGAUCUCGGCGCUGUGCGGACACGUGUACUUGAACUCCUUCUCCUGCAGCGCGCUCUCCAGGUAGCGGCGGACGCCGCGCAGCUCAGCGGGGACAGGCGCCUGGCGGAAGUGCGCGCACACCGUCUGCGGGCCGGGGGCGCGGGUCAGGGCCUGGCUCGCACCCGCCGCGGCCCCCAGCCCGCCGCCCCGCGCCCGGACUCACGUCGACGACGUGCAGCUUGGGUAGCAGGCCGCAGUCGGCCAGUGUGAGCUGGUCGCUGUCCAGGAAGCGGCGGCGGGACUCGCGCAGCUGCGGCUCCCGCGCCAGCUCGUGCUCCAGGGGCGCGCGCAGGUAGCCAUCCAGCUUGGCGAGGGCGCGCAGCAGUUGCUGGUAGAGGGCUGGGGAGGGUGGGGUGCGGUGAGGACCCGGCCCGGGGCACACCCUCCCAGCCCGGCCCCCGUUGCCUCACCGUCGUCCUGUGCAGGCACCGGGUUCUUGAUGAACGCAGAGAACCUGUGGAAGACGUCGUUGCCCGCCGUGGAGGAUGCCCUGUAGCGGGGUGCCAGGCUGGGGAAGCUGGGGGAGGAGGCUUCUGUCAGAGUCCUGGGGAGCCCCCCACCCUGUCAGGGCCCUGAAGCGCCCCCCCCCCCAGGCCCUGGGGAUGUCCUCCCUGGGCUCCUGUCCUGUCUUUCCCUCCCUCUCCCCGCUGCCCCUCACUCGGGGGGCCCCAGGGUCUCCUCCAGGAACUCUUCUAUUUGCAGCGUGUCCGUCUUGGCUUCGCCAUCGUAGAGCAGGAUGGGCAGCUGCGAGCCCGGGGCGAAGUCCUUCAGCACGUCAGGGGACCUGUGGGUGCGAGGCAGGCGCGAGGGUGCUGGCAGGGGCUCCCAGGCCAGGGGUGGCGGGUCCCGGGGUGGCAGCUCACCUCCGCGUGUCCACGGUGGUGAGUGUGAAGGGUACGCCUUUGAGGAGCAGGAUCAUGAAGAGGCGCUGGCAGGAAGGGCAGUGCCCCACGCUCUCACCAUCCUCGCUGGCCUGGGGGCAGGCAGGGGUGUCAGGCUGCCAGGCUGGGGGGAGCUGCCUCACACGGCUAGCUGGGGCUGGAGCAAGGCCAGACUGCCCAAGAGGGUGGUGAGGGCCCUUGACUUGGGCCCUGCGCAAUGGAGAGGGGCCCAGGGCGGCUGGGAGCAGGGCAGGGUGGGACCACAGCCCAGGGCCCUCCGCCCUCCUCUGCUGAGCCUGGGCAGAGGCCAGGCCCUGGGCUCCAGGCCCAGCAAGCAGGUCGCAGGGGUGGGCUGGGCUGGGUGAGCUGUUUCCUCAGUGAUUCACUCUCACCAAGCUGGGCUCCGCGGCUGGCACCGCACUUGCUCCCCAGCACCUCGAGGGUGGGCAGGCGGGCAGAGACUGGCAGCCCCCACACAGGCCAAUCAACACCCCGGGGCCCAGACCUGAGGGCCAGGGGGCCUGGCGGGCCUGUCAUGCUGCACACAGACCCCAACACCAAGGCCCGGGUCGUUGGCACCUCCCCACUGGGGGCUUUUCUCCAGGAGGGCUGAGCUGGGCACAGGGACGCCCAGUGACUUAGGGGACAGCUCACGGGGGCUCCCCCCAGGCUGCGCCCACUUCACUCAACGUCGGUGGCCCGCCCGAGGCCCCUGGGCCCACCGCAGGGGCUGCGCUGGCUGCUGCCCUGCGACCCCUCUCACCCCGGGAAGCACAGCCCCCCACUCCCCCCGGCGCCCGCGGCCGUCCCCACCCAGCUGGCCCCGCACCUUGACAAACAGCUGGAGCUUGGCGGUCUCGGCCAUGGCGGGAGGCUGAGCGGGGCGGGGGCCCGGGGAGCGCUUUAAGGCUCCGGCCGCCCCGCCCCCCGGCCCGGCCCCGCCCCGUGGAGCCACCCAGUGCGCAGCCAGUGCAGGCGGCGGGCGAGGCCGGCAGCCCCAGUGCUGGAUGCCGGGACAGUGGAUGUGGGGUGAGGGGGCUCAGCCAGGUCCGUGCACCCCUGCCGUGGACCCCCGCCCCGGGUCUGCCCCGGGGUCCCCCCUGCAGUGAACACCUCUCUGUCAGAGCCUCCAGCCCAGAAAACCAAGGUGCCUUUUUGGGGGAGGGGGCGUGAACAACCUAGCCUCAGCCCGUGCCUCGGUUUCCUAAUCUG